AUGUUCAGCAUACAAUGUCAAACAGCACGAGAUAUUUCCAAGCAUUCUUAUUAUCCUGAAGAACAUGAAGCAUUACUCCUGGCUGCUACUCAAUUUGAAGUGACCGCAUGUCUUAAACAAGGUGAUCUUCGCAUAAUACAACUCAAAGAAACGUGUCCACCCCAUCCACUUUUACAACCAGUACCUGUCUGUGUACCUCAAUUGUACACUCCACCUUCAACUGGUAAGGAUGUGUGUUCAGAUAGAGUUGAAUGUCAGUAGAUGUCGUUCUUGUUUUCAUCAAAUCAGAUUGACAUGCACAUCUUCUCACAGUUAUCUACAUCCACUGCUCUAAUUCAUGAAUAGUUUGAGAAACUUUGAUGAAAUUUAUAACAGAAGUAGCAAUAAUGUAGGUCUUCAGUGUGAGUAACUGGACGACUCGAAAAGAUUUUCUGUUCUUGAGCUACGAAGUUCAUAACCAUCGUAGACACUAUUUAUUAUGACAGUAUUUUAGCUUGAAUGACCUUGACGAUGAGAUUACUGCAAACUUAGAGUAUUCAUAGACUAUAUACAUACAUGUUGUUUCAUGUUUAGCUCUAGUGACUAACUCAGAUCCAAGAGCGAGAGAAAUACUUUUGCAUAGUAGUGUAUAUUGCGAGAGUUUUUCCAAUUCUACGAAUAUGUACUGUGUAAAUCAAAGCAUAGUAAACUAGAAACUUCGCUUAUUACUUAUAGACCUAGGUAUCAUCACAAAAUCGAUCUAUAAGCAUAUAAACUGUUGUGAAAAAAGCUAAUGCUUGAUUUUUCUGAAUUAUUUCUCCUAGAUUUUUUCAUAAAAAACGAUAGAAAUAUUUUUAAAAUAGAAAAACGAGUUAUAAUUUUGGACAUUUUUUAAAUAUUAUCAAUUAAUCAAUACAUAUUUAGUAUUUAGGUCAACUGAAGUAACUUUGAUACAACAUGUACACUAAUACUGCAUAUCUCUUUACGCAUGCAUAUUGAAUUACAAAAGAAAUAUAGCUAAAACAAUGCUGAGAGCGCAACAUGUACUUCUUUUAUUAUCAAAAUGCAUUGAUCUUGACAAGAUA